GCAAGCAAAAUGCCUCAGUCGAGCUCAGAGACAUAGUCAUGUUGGGCUGGAACGAGGAAGUGCAGUGGAGAGGGGAGGGACUCAGGGCGCAGCUCCAUGGGGCCGCCGCGGGGCUGCGACCUUCUGCACAUGGAGCCGGGGAGAGUUGGAAGAACUUCAUACUGCAAACUCAAGGAAUAGCAGAAUACUUGCACCGCAUGGAGACAGAGGAGGCUCAGGAAAUGGCCCAGAUGCCAGGCAGAGACAGCCUGCCCACCAACGAGGCGUCUGAGGAGGCGGAGGAGCCCAUGGCCGUCCCUGAGGACCUGUCAGCCAGCUCUGCCCACCAGCAGAACAAGAGAGGAGACAAAGCCUGUAACAUUAAAGUUGAGGCUCGCAGUGAUGAGGAGAAUGCGCUGGCCUGUGACAUGAAUGGCGUGGAGGAGGAGGAGUGCGCGGAAGACUUGCGCGUGAUCGAUGCCUCAGGGGCCAAGGUGAACGGCUCACAGCCGAGCCCUGAAGCCAAGGCCUUCUCCUCAGCCGGCGGUAUCCGGCUGCCCAACGGGAAGCUCAAGUGCGAUAUCUGUGGGAUAGUUUGCAUUGGUCCCAAUGUGUUGAUGGUGCACAAGCGAAGCCACACUGGAGAGCGCCCUUUCCAGUGCAGCCAGUGCGGUGCCUCUUUCACACAGAAGGGUAACCUGCUGCGUCACAUCAAGCUGCAUUCAGGGGAGAAACCCUUCAAGUGUCACCUGUGCAGCUACGCCUGUCGCAGGAGGGAUGCCCUGACCGGCCACUUACGCACCCAUUCAGUAGGAAAACCCCACAAGUGUGCUUACUGUGGGCGGAGUUACAAGCAGCGCAGCUCCCUCGAAGAGCACAAGGAGAGGUGUCACAACUACCUCCAGUGUAUGGGGCUGCAGAAUAGCAUCUACACAGUAGUAAAGGAAGAAAGCAACCAGAAUGAGCAGAGGGAAGACUUAAGCCAGACGGGAUCUGACAGAGCCUUGGUGCUAGACAGACUAGCUAAUAAUGUAGCUAAACGUAAGAGCACUAUGCCACAGAAGUUUGUGGGUGACAAACGUCUGUCGGACCUGUCCUAUGACGGAGCAGCAGGUGAGCUGAUUCAGCCCCAUGUCAUCGACCAGGCCAUCAACAGCGCCAUCAGCUACCUGGGGGCCGAGUCGCUCCGGCCUUUGGUCCAGACCUCUCCGGCCUCCUCUACAGAUGUGGGUCUCAGCUCAAUUUACCCUCUGCACAAGCCUGCACCCGAGGGCCAUGCUGGGACGGGCCACAGUCUGUCAGCCAAAGAUAGUGCAGCUGAGAACCUGCUGCUGCUCUCCAACUCCAAGUCUGCCUGCAGCGAGAAGGACGGCUCGCCCAGCCAGAGCGGCCAGGACUCCACUGACACUGAGAGCAACAACGGGGAUCGUCCAGGAGGGGCGGCCCCUGGUCUCAUCUACCUGACCAACCACAUCAACUCGGGGGUGAGGAACGGUGUGCUACCUCUGGUGAAGGAGGAACAGCAGAGGCAGUACGAGGUCAUCCGGUCUAGCUUGGAGAUGGCCUCCGAGGGCUUCAAGGUGGUGACAGCAGACGGGGAACAAGUGAGGGCUCACCGGUGCGAGCACUGUCGCAUCCUCUUCCUGGACCACGUCAUGUACACCAUUCACAUGGGCUGCCAUGGCUUCAGAGACCCCUUCGAGUGCAACCUCUGCGGCCACCGGAGCCAAGACCGAUACGAGUUCUCUUCUCACAUAACACGAGGGGAGCAUCGCUACUGAACCUCCAUCAGCCAGAGAACACACUUGCUUUCACACAGACAGGAGUAUAUAGAGAAAACAUGCACACACACACUCACUCAGCUCUAUAAAUAAGUGCAUAGAAAUACAAAAUGUAAAAUACACUGUUGAUGUCUGAGGGUUGUGUUUUUAUACAAAGUGAGCAUGUUUAUUGAACACAGAUAAAUGUAUGCAAUUAUUUAAAAAACAAAAAGUGUUGUGCAGUGAAGACAACACAGCAGUUACUGUGCUGCAUCUUAUAUAGGUUUGAAACCAUAUAUUUACAGUUACCACAUGUAUAAAAUGUACAAUUGUGACCUUUCUUUUGGAAAACCAGGCAGAAAACCUUCUCUGGAUGCAAAAUAGAAAAGAUUUACAUCCUUUCAUGUACAAAUCUCUGUAAUGAAGUGUCUGCAACAUCAGUUAGAGGUCCUUUUCUGCAGCUGUUUCAGUGCAGGAAAACUCACUUUAACAUUGGCUUUAAAUACAAUCAAUAAAAAUGUAACAGUCCGUGUAGAUAGCGCCACAUUUUUUUCAAAAGUUUAAACCUGUUCUUGUAAUAACCUACAUAUUAUUUAUAUCACAUUUACACCCAGUCGGUUUUUGUAUUUAUUACAGUGAUUGUUGUUUGUCUGUAUGGUAGUUAAGAAAGCUGCAUUUCUUUCUGUUCAACUGUCUUUAAUGUAUCUGAGGUGAAAAACAUGACUGCUGCUGGAAGCUAUUUUUUUGGUUUUAUCAUAAGAAAAUGUUAUUCUGGUUUUAUAUCUAAUGGCUAAAAAUUGUGUCACUCAAAAAAUGAAAAUGAGUCAUUUGACAGAAGCUUUAUGCUUGCAAAAUAUCAAUAAAGGAUAUUUUAU